AAAAAAAAAUCACCAGGAUUUUCAUUCUUUCCUAUGUCGCUGGAACGCAAAACAGAAAAAUAAAGGGAAAAACAAAACCUUCGAAGAUAGUAAAGAGAAAAACUGAAAAACCUUCAAACUCUUGAGAAAAUAAAAAAACCAUUUUUUUCUGGUGGAUCAAACGGGAGAUCUGGGAAAUUAGAGAAAAAUCUUUCCAAGAAUAUAUAUAAUUCUGAUUGAUCCGAAGUGGGUCAUCAUAGUUUACAUUUUUCUGUUUGUUUUUGUUUUUCUUUUGGUUCUGUGUAAACCCCAAAAAAAAAAAAAAAAGAGAGAAACACAAAAUGAAUAUAUUUAGAUUAGCAGGGGACAUGACCCAUUUAGCAAGUGUCCUGGUUUUGCUGCUCAAGAUCCACACCAUCAAAUCCUGUGCCGAUGGGUUCACUUGGUCAAGGUGGAGGUAAAUAUUCGAGAUUGGGUUAGAAUUUUAGUGCAUUUUGACCAGAUUAAGAUAGUAAAGCUAUGGCAUUGGUAGAAAUUGUUGUUUGUGAACUCAGGAUUGUUCAAAUUGUGUUCUUGGGGUGCUUAUGAGCUUUUAAUGAAGUGGCUUUACUUGGAAUGUUUGGAUGGCUCUGUUUUCUGGCAUUUCUCUGAAGACUCAAGAACUGUAUGCUAUUGUCUUUGCCGCCCGCUAUCUGGAUAUAUUUACAAAUUUCGUAUCACUCUAUAAUACGGUAAUGAAGUUGAUAUUUUUGGGAAGCUCCUUCUCCAUUGUUUGGUACAUAAGGCAUCACAGGAUAGUUCGUAGAUCUUAUAAUAAGGAUGAAGACACCUUUCGCCAUCUUUUUCUGAUGCUACCGUGCCUGCUUUUGGCCCUAGUUAUAAAUGAGAAGUUCACUUUUAAAGAGAUAAUGUGGACAUUUUCAAUAUUCUUGGAAGCUGUUGCCAUACUUCCCCAGCUGGUCCUUUUGCAAAGGACAAGAAAUAUUGACAAUUUGACAGGGCAAUACGUAUUCCUCCUUGGGGCAUAUCGAGCACUCUACAUAUUAAACUGGAUUUAUCGCUAUUUUACCGAGCAACACUAUGUCCACUGGAUAACUUGGAUAGCGGGGCUUAUCCAGACCUUGCUAUACGCUGAUUUCUUCUACUAUUAUUUCCAGAGCUGGAAGAACAACGCUAAGCUCGAGCUACCAGCUUGAAUUUGUGUUUAACGUGUUACUGGCUAGUCCGUUGUUCAAGUAGCGUACAAGAACAUGCAUUAGUUUGAUUAGACAUUCUCGGCAUUUUUGUUUUCUUUUUUCAUGCGAUUUUCUUUCUUUGCCAUUGCGUAUUGUAACACCAGCUUCUUGUAUUCAGCCAUGGCAGAAGUAUUGGUUUUCUUAUUGAGGAUUGACCCAAAAUACCAACCAUUUAUAGCCAGAUUUCAGGAUAGAAGAUGUGCAGCCACCAUAUCGCUAUCAGUUGUUGUAGCACAUAUUCUUCAUGAAUAUAAUUUGGCAUGCACAAAGUAUUCUGAAGUGUUAUGCAGAUUGUUAUCAUGUCAAAUUUGUAAUCCAAUAUAGGUAUAAACACUGUAUGGAAUAUGAUAAUAUAUAUUGAAGCAAAGUGGUUUGGCGAAUGCAAGCUAA